AUGGAUUCCGCGCCUGAGCCCUACAGCCCUCAGCUUCGUGCAGUCCUGCAAGAUCUUAACAGGGAAGUGCGGCAAUUCGACAUCCGCUUGGUCGAAGCCAACCUGACAGACGACGCCGAGUCAUCGGCCCAGCGGACUGAGAUCGCCCGCUUGCACACCCGUCUGCAUCGCUUAGAGGAAGAACUAGGGCAAGGGCGUGGUUGGCUGAUUCAUCUUGCUGACAGGACCACAGCUUUGGAGGAAGCCACUCAGACGCUUGCCAUCAAGGUCAGGUCGCUCGAUUUGGUUUUGACCAUGGCCGCUCCGGAAGCUUUCAGUGGUGAUGCGCCAGCUUUGCCUUCUAGCAUGGUGGCUACGGACAUCCUCCUGGCUGUUGCGGAUUCAGAUGCAGAGGAAGCCUUCGAACCCAGGAGUAAACUUCGACGUGCUUCCAGCGGUGAUCAAUCUUGGUACUUCGACUUUUCAGAUUUUGCCGCUGCGAUCCACCCCACCUCGACCCAGUCUGUCUGCUACUUCGAGGGCACCCUCUUGGCCCCCAGCAUUGUGCCUGUUCAGCAGUCUAUACCACAAAGCUUCCCGGCGGCGAAGGCACUGCCGCACUUUCAGGACGCGUCUGCUUAUGCAGCAUAUCCGACGCUUCAGCAGACUCCUGUUCAGGCAUCAAUCUCCUUGGCCACUCCGAGACCGGUCCAGUCCUCACCGGCAGCUUUGCGAGCGCCCUCAGAAUUGCACCCUCCGGCUUUGCGCGCUCCGGCAGCUGGCAUGAUGACAAGCAAGGACAAUCAUCAAGCAUGCGAUGAGCGCAACAGGGUUCUUUUCGACCAGCUUUGCAAAUCGCAUGGGGCCUACAGCUCGGUGCUCCAGCAGCUUGAAAGUAGCCGAGAGGGCGCCCUCAUCCGGUCCCGCUUGCUGAACAAGGUUAGCGACACCACAGCAGCCCGCUACCUUCGCUCUGUUCAGCUUUUCUUUUGUGCCUUUGAGGAGCUGGGCGGCAACAUGGAGGCCAUAGAUCCGGGGCUGUUCCUCGAUGCUUUCUUUGCUUUGUCUCCAGGUGCGGAUUCAGGCCCCCUUUCAAACAGCAUCAACGUCCUCAAGGCGCUCCGUUGGUACAAGAAACUUCUGGCCAUCGCUUGUUUGCCUGAUUUGUAUGGCACCGCUUUCAGCCUGCUCUCCAACCCGGCCGGGCAGGAGAAACGCGAGAGCAUACCUCUCCCCUUGUCGUUCGUUGCUUUUCUUGAGCGCAUGCUCCUGUCUGGCAAGGCAAGCUUGAUGGACGGCAUUUGGGCAGGCUCCUUCCUUGUGGCCAUUGGUGCUAGCCUCCGCUUUGCAGAUGCACAACAUGUUCGAUGGAGCACGCUCUGCGUUAGCAGCUUCACACUUAGAGGCAUCUGUUACAGGACAAAGACCACUGAAGGGGGCUGCCCAUGGGGCCUCCUCAGCUUUGGCCUCUUCUCCUCCUCCGAGGACUGGGGCAUGACAUGGCUUCCCCACUGGCUUGGGGCAUUGGACACAGUCUGGUGCGAGGUUCGCUCCCGCUUUGGGCCCCAGCCGGAACCCGACUGUCUGUUUUUCCUUUGGAGCGAGACCGGCUUUGCACCCGCAUCCUACUCCCAAGCCCUGCAGAAGCUUCGCUACAUGCUUACACUUUCUGGCAUUGCACCAGCUCAGGCAGCACAGUACACGCUUCACAGCCUCAAGACAACUUUCUUGUCUUGGAUGAGCCAGCUGUCGAUUCCACUUUCCUCCCGCUUCCUGCAGGGGCACCACAAGGCGCCAGGGUCGGCUCAACUGUAUUCGCGGGACGACGUGUGGCCAGCUUUGCGUGCACAGUGGCUGCUUUGGCGUUCAAUACAUGCCGGCUUUCGUCCAGCAAGACCACAGCACAGAGGCGGCCAGUCCCCGCUUGUUGAACCACUUGUGGACACCGCAGGUUUCCAGUGGGUGGAGUACUGCCCGGACCUUUCCUGCUUUUCAGUUGGCAACGACUGUCAGUCCUUCUUAGCUUUGGAGCAGCAGGACGGUGACCUCCGCGACGUCGACCACUUCGAGGACUCCGAUGCGGACGAAACAGGGACGCUUCUUGCGCAGUACGAUGCCACCCCGCUUGUGGAUGCAUCUCAGAAUUUUCACCUUUUGUCCAUUUUCCGCCCGACUCCCGCUUAUGUAAGCGGAGAAAACCCGCUUUCUGAAGCAGUUGGAGAGCGACCCGCUGCUUCCCUCAUCCACGACGAGCUCAUCCUCGGAUUUACCUGCAGUGGAGCCAACUGCUUCACCGUCCCCUCCGGCCAAAGCUGCACCCGCUUCUGUGACAGCGGUGAAGGAACCGCCGCCACGGCCGCCCUCUUCACCAAAGGCGAGUUCUCCAACCCCUGCUCCGCACCGGCCGCACCAACUCCCAACGCCCCCCCUGCGGCCAAGGAGAAAGCUCCACCGCCUCCGCUUGCAGAGACUGGGGCCACCGACGGCAGCGCGGGCACCACAAGCCAGCCAACGCCCGCUUCGACAACGCCAACGCCUGCUUCCACCACGGCUACGGCUACUCCGUCGGGCAACAGGGCCCCACUUCUGGCGAGCGAGGCCCCGGCGAGCCGCUUGGGGCACACCAUCUACGACAGUGAGGGGCAGCCCACGCUUCAAUUAGGCUAUGAGGAGUGGGGGCAGAACCAGUCCGGAUGGGAGGAUCAACCCGCUUGGGGAUCCUGGAACUGGAGUGGCCGCAAUUGGCAGCAUCAAUGUCAAGCGAAGAUGUCUGACUUCACACAACUCGUGGCCGACUGCAAUGUGCCAGCAGCUGUCUCUUCUUUGCUUUCAGCGUUCGACGUUGCUUUGUUUGCCCGGUCCUGCACCACUUCGGCAGAGCUUGAAGAGUUGGUGAACCACUUUGUGGCGGAAGCCUCAGUUACUGACGCCGCUGAGCGCUUUAUCACCAAAGCUUCGCUUCGCUUGCUCUUUUGCAAAUGCCGAACGUCAGAGGGCAUGGCAUCCUUGGAAGCCGCUCCCACUCCCACCACACCGCUUGGUGACGGGCCUCCAGCUGCUACCCCGGCUCCCCCGGCCACGCCUCCGCUUUCCAGCUCCUGGCAAGAGGCUUGGCCCGCGAAGCUGAGUGGGGAGCGAACCGCGUCGCUUAGGAAAAGGUUCGAGAGAGCUUUCCAAGCGCCCGCUUAUUGGGACAAGGAGGUGCGAUGGAUUCCCUGGAAGUAUCGCUUAAGCGCUCGUGCUCAAGAAGACCGUCUCCUCGUUCGGCCCAGGAAACAGGCCCGCUUUGACCUAACAGAGCUUUUUCUGGACGAGGCGCCUACACGUGACAUAUACAUGAAGGCCCCGCUUCCUUUGGCCUUGAUCUGCUUCACCAAGUACGAUGCCGCCGCCAGCUUACGCGGUCCCACUACCAUGGAAGCCCAGGCCGCUGACCGCCGCUGUUGGGAAAUCAUCGCCGACUUAGUCAACGUGCACCACUGGAAGUUGGACGAUGCGCUUCACGAAGUGGCCGAGGUGCGCUCCGACAUGCACAGCCUGCUUGCACCGAGGCCCUUUAUCUCCAAACCGAAGUUCGACCUGGACAACAGUUGGAAGGCCCGCUUCACAGGCAACGGUCGAGGCGGCAAGGGCGGUGGCCGCGGCGGCAAAGGCCGCGACGGCAAAGGCGAGAAGGGGGAGCGCUUUGAGAGAGGGGGCAAAGGUGGCAAGGGCAAAGACAACAAGCAAGCCACCCCCCCCGGCAAAUGGCUCUCCACCCUCUUCAUGGAUGGCAAACGUCAGACGCUCUGCAUGAGGUACCAGAGUGGGCAGUGCAAGGAAACCUACUUCAGCGAGCUGCGGGACAUCGCUGAGGAGGCACGUGCCCCGGUCUCCGAUGCAGCAUCUGCACUCAGUGAAGGCUCUCUCGACUUCGCUACUUGCUUGGAGUCGGGCAUCUUUCAGCGUACCGAGCAAUUUUCAGACGUUCUUCGAUUCUUGAACGCUUUUAUGCAGCUUCAGUUCCCCGAAGCCUCCUGGAGCUCCCUCUGCGUCAGCCACAACGUUCGCACCCGCUUACACACAGAUUCUGGCAACGCUGCAGGGUCUCUAAAUCACACAGCCUCACUUGGCAACUUCAGCGGUGGCGAGGUUUGGCUUUGCCCCGCUUUGAACCAGGCGGCUUCUCAGGUACCGGCCCCCUUGGAUGCCUCAUCCGAGGCGCACAGUGCAGCUGAAGCUGGUACAGGCGAGGUGCGUGUCACUUGGCACGCGCCGCUCUCCUUCACCUGUGAAGCACUUCACUGUACGCUUCCGAUACAAGGAGACCGGUGGGUAUUGACUGCCUAUACUUGCAAGAGCCUAGACCGCUUUGAUGCAACGCCACCCGCAGUCAAUACCUCCUCGCUCAAGGACACGACAUGCGUGGAGCUCUUCCUGGACAUAUGCUGUGGGGAGCAACUCGACCUGCUCAACGACGGCACCUACGACCACUUGCUUCGACUGUGUUUUGCUGGGAUUGUCCGCUUAGCUCACGGAUCGCCGCCCUGCAAGGAGUAUUCCCGCUUGAAGCUUCGUCCAGGUGGACCUCCAGCCAUUCGAUCGCCGGAUCACAUGAACGGCGCACAUGUGUCCCUGGAACAACCCACUAAUGCUAUGUCCUGGCUUGAGCCUUUCGUUCAGGACAUGCUUUCUGAAAUACAGGCCUCACUGGUCAACAUCCCGGCAUGUGCAGUGGGAGGCCACCAGUCCGUCGCAGGAGCCAGGGACGAACACGGCAGUGCACUUAUUUUCUUCAGCAAGACCUGCUUAUUCGGUUGCGCCCUGUACCAGUCCGACAGCUUACACGACCUGCGGAAGGACUGGAACUUCUCGGUGACGGAAGGCCAGCCCUACUGCUUGUCUGCACUGGAGCGCUUGAGUACUAUGCUGGGUGACAAGGACACUUCCCUUUUCCCCGCUUUACAGAAGGGCGCUGGCUGUUACACUUUACCGGAGCUCAAACGCUUGAAGCUGCUCGGUCUGCUUCAGUGGAUUCUGCAUGGUCUUCCUGCUUUACGCAUCCACUCUUACCUGGACGACAAGCUCCGCUUCACAGGUUGCCCCCCGGGCACGGGCAUUUCACCUGGCUCAAUUCUGCUUUCAGCUCGGCAUAAGCCUCUUAAAAGUAAAGACGACCUGGCUUUAGUCCCCGUAAGCACAAAGCGCAUGUGGCUCCGAGUUACGGACCCCACUUCCUCCAAGCGGCGCUUAUCUGAGUCCAGCAGAGAAACCCUUGCCUUCUUUGCCCACUUGAGCUCCAGGGACUGGCGGCCCAGGCCACUCCGACCACCACCUACCAGUUCGGUGGAGUCGGCCGCAGACGCUUUCGGCAAGGGCAAUGAUUGUGGCGUGGGAGGAUGGCUCCUCCUCCCCGGUGGACGCCUGCUUUGGUUUGCUCACCGCUACACGGUCAAAGACUUCCUGGACUUAGGUCUGCCCAUGCAAGCAGACGCCAACCUGGACAUCUCCAGCUACGAGACAUUGGCACAGUGCUUUGUGCUUUUGGCCUUUUGGAAAGCCCAUGGUUCCGGUCGCUUGGCUUUGGCAUUACCAGCUUUGAGCGAUAAUAGCGGUGCAGAGUCAGUGUGUAAUAAGCUUUACACCUCUAAAGUACCACUUAAUCUUUUCGUUCGCAAGCUUUCGAUGUGGAGCUCGAUUACCGGUGUCGCUUUGGACUGCAGCCAUAUAGCUGGCGAGAAGAACGAUGACGCAGACCUGCUUUCUCGGUGGGAUGGCUCCGCGGAACUCCCUGCCAAGUUUCUGGCCUCGAACCGCAUCGAGCUCUCGCUUUCUGAGUUCUGGCAGAUCCGCUUUCAAGUGACGCUUUUUCCCGCUGACACAUUUUUGAAAUGGCAGCUUCCGUCAGCUGACAGCUUGGGCCCGACAAACCGCGGUUCAAGGAAGCGCAAAUAG